AUGUACCUGUCCAACCGUUUUUUAAAACAUUCCUCUGUCUGGGCACUUACCACACAUUCAGGGAGAUUGUUCCACUCAUUCAUAACCCGUGUGGAUAACGUGAUAUCGGACAGGAUAUGGUUCCUCCGAGGUUCAAAAAGUUUCAAGCUGUGGCCCCGUGAUGAACAAUCUGUGUUGAACUGGAAGAACUGCAGCACCUUCCCCAAAUCGUUCCUUAAAAUGCGUCUA